AUGGGGGUCCCGUCAUUUCAGGCGUCCAACGCCAUCAUCUACCUUACCUACGGCGCUUUCCUGCAAGCUCUCCCAUUCUGCGGUGUCUUCGUGGCAUGGAAGCUCCGCCAUCAGUCCAAAUCGGACUACCUGUCCAGCAACAGGACUCAGAAGGCGAUACCGCUCGCCCUGAACUUCAUAGCUUCGGCUCUCGGUUCUGGAAUUUUGUUCACGUAUCCCGAGAUCGCGACCAUCGCCGGCGUGCAAGGUCUCGUGGUGUACGCGCUCGCGUCUGGCCUUCCGCUCCUGAUCUUUGGCUAUCUGGGCCCCAUCAUCAGGCGCAAAUGCCCGGAAGGCUUCGUGCUGACCGAGUGGACGAGACAACGCUAUGGCGUCGUAGCGGCUCUGUACCUUAGCGUCAUGACACUCAUCACACUCUUCCUGUACAUGGUUGCGGAGUUGUCGGCGCUCCAGCAGAUCGUCAACGUUCUGACCGGACUGGACGGCCUUCCCGCGACGGUCGUCCAGUGCAUUGUCACCACGAUCUACACCUCCCUCGGCGGUUUCAAGGUGUCCUUCGUCACGGACAACAUCCAGGGCGCCAUGGUGCUCGGCCUGAUCAUCAUCGGCGUCAUCACCGUGGGCGUCGAGACCACCGUCGACCGCUCGCUGAUCGACUCGUCGGGCUACCUCGACUCCAACCUGCUCGGCUGGCAGCUCAUAUACAUCCUCCCCGUGGCGAUCCUGACCAACGACUUCUUCCUCUCCGGCUUCUGGCUGCGCACCUUCGCCUCGCGCAGCGACCGCGACCUGCGCAUCGCCGUGACCAUCGCCGCCGUCGUCGUCACCGUCGUGCUGACGCUCGUCGGCUGCGGCGGGCUGCUCGCCGCCUGGUCGGGCGUGUGGCCGGGCGACCCGCCGCAGGAGGGCUCCAUCGCCUUCUUCAGCCUGCUCUCGACGCUGCCCGCCUGGGUCGUCGGCAUCGUGCUCGUCAUGGUCGUCGCCCUCUCGACCGCCGCCUUCGACUCGUUCCAGUCGGCCAUGGUGUCGACCGGCUCCAACGACCUCUUCCGCAACCGCCUGCCGCUGUGGUGGAUCCGCGCCCUCGUCGUGCUCGCCAUGGUGCCCGUCAUCGUCGUCGCGCUGCGCUCGCCGUCGGUCCUGCAGGUCUACCUCGUCUCCGACCUCGUCUCCGCCUCGCUCGUGCCCGUCCUCGUCGUCGGCCUCUGCGAGCGCGCGUGGUGGUGGUCCGGCGCCGAGGUCGUCGUCGGCGGCCUCGGCGGCAUCUUCUCCGUCUUCCUCUUCGGCUGCGUCUACUACGACGGCGACGCCCGCCGCGCCGCCAACCUCAUCCUGCUCGAGGACGGCCUCUACGGCGGCGACUGGAGCGCCUUUGGCGCCUUCGUCGCCGCCCCCGUCGGCGGCCUGCUGUGGGCCGCCGCUUGCUGGUGCCUCCGCGUCGGCGCCUUGUGGCUCCGCGCCAGGGCCAGGGGCGAGAGGUUCACGGCCUUGGAUCGCCCCGCGUCGUCCGUCGCCCCCGAGAGCGCCGGCGAGAGUCUCGGCGUCGCUGCUGCUGGUGCUGGAGCGGAGGGUUAUGGCACCGUUGGUGGCGCUGCCGUUGUCGUUGAGGAGGAGCCUGGUAAGGGUGGGAAGUUUGUGUGA